GCCAGUCUGGUUUUGUAUUUCAAACAGCGCGGGCCGCAAGCGCGUUGGCAGAACACGUCAGGCUAAAGUCUUACGAAUUUCAAAAAAAGAAUACUUACCUUCUUUUUUCAAAUAAUAAUCGCCAUUACAUUUACGACACGCGUCUUUUAUUUUUCGACGCAUAGACAACUAUCGGAAAAGUUUGUUUCAAAGUUUUUUUUUUAUUAUUUGAAAUAUUGGUUCUGUGUUAUGUUUUUGUUAAGUUCUGUGGUUCAUUUUAUUUUCUAAUUCGAAAUGAUUUACAUAUUUUGGUUAUUGUUUUACUCGGUGUUGUGAAAGUGUUAUUUUUGGGGGUGUAUUUUGGAGAUUUUUUAUGCUUUUUUUGGAACUUUUAAAGCACGAUGAAGCUUUUUUGGAAAGUUUUGUGCGCUUUACUGCUCCUGGUAGAGGCCGUCAUGGGUAACUGGUGGAAUUUAGCAGCACCGAAUAGGCCUGUACAAUCGUCUAACACCUCUGUGGAAACCUUUACGACACUGCACAAAGAAAGCUGCCAUAGAUUAGAGUAUCUCGUCGAACGACAAAAGCAAUUAUGUAUGCUUUCUGAUAAAAUGGUACAGGUGAUACAAACAGGAGCGCAGCAGGCAAUAGAUGAAUGUCAGCAUCAAUUUCGGAAUAGCCGUUGGAACUGCAGUACUGUCGACAAUUCCACUGAUAUAUUCGGCGGAGUGCUUAAAUUUAAAUCUCGCGAGUCUGCCUUCGUUCAUGCCCUAUCAGCAGCAGCAUUGGCUCACACAGUUGCUCGCGCGUGCAGUCGGGGCGAACUAAACGAGUGUUCCUGUGACGCUCGUGUUAGAAAGCGAACGCCGCGGCAUUGGCAGUGGGGUGGUUGUUCUGAGGAUAUAAGAUAUGGAGAAAAGUUCAGUCGUGACUUUGUAGAUGCUAAAGAAGACAAGGACAAUGAUGAAGGUCUCAUGAACUUACAUAACAAUGAAGCUGGCCGCAGAGCAGUCCGCGGCAGGAUGCAGCGCGUGUGCAAGUGCCACGGCAUGUCGGGCUCGUGCUCCGUGCGCGUGUGCUGGCGCCGCCUGCCGCAGCUGCGGCUGGUGGGCGACGUGCUGAGCACCAGAUACGAGGGCGCCUCUCAUGUUAAGGUUGUAGAGAGGAAGAGAGGCAAGAAUAUAAGAAAACUGCGACCGCUGCAUCCUGAUAUAAAGAAACCGAACAAAACCGAUCUAGUCUAUCUCGAGGACUCUCCCGAUUACUGUGAACCAAACGAUGAGUUAGGGAUAUUAGGCACGCGAGGCAGAACUUGUAAUAGGACGUCGGCUGGUUUGGACGGGUGUCGAUUGCUUUGCUGCGGUCGCGGGUACCAGACCCGAGUGAGGGACCAUGAAGAGAAAUGCAGAUGCCGAUUCGUUUGGUGUUGUCGGGUGCAUUGCGAAAUAUGUAGAUCCAAACGUGAUCACCACGUGUGCAAUUGAAAAAGACUUUGUUUUUACCUGUUAAUUUAACACACGUGCAGUAAAGGGAUGAAUGAUUUUAUUGAUUAUAAAGAUGAACAUUUUUUGUAAAUGAUUUACGUGAAGUUAUAUGUUUGAUUUAAAAUUACCACAAUUUGUAUUUUAUCAGAAGAUUGAUUUUAUGAAAAAACACAAGGUUAUUUUUCAAAAGAAUUAAAUUCAAAUGUUCUUAAUGAUAUUGUAUGUGUAUCAGUAAGAACUUUUAAUGAUAUAUUGUACGGAGUAAAGUAUUAAGUACAGUUUCAAACAUGAAAAGGUGUCGAUGUACUUAAUAAUCAUAAUGCGUAUAAAAGUAACUCAUCUAAUUAAUGAUUCAUUUUAAUUAAUUUUAACUGAUGGCAAUGUUAACGUAUAUUCAUUAAAAGUGUUAAUUGUUUAUGAAGUACUUACACGAUUUCCUCAAAUAUAAAUGCUUCAUGCGACUCACCAAUUACAAAAUACGGACUGAUAUGUUUAGUUACUUAUAUUUUUAAGUAUGUUUCUCUGAUUGUAAGCUUUAAAAAAUUUUACAGUAUUACCAACUAAUUUAUUUUACUUUAAUGUAAAUAUUACAAGCAAAUUUGUAAAUACCAUUUUCGUUAUUAGGUUAUUUUAUUUAUCAGUACAAAAAGAACGAUGAAACUCAUUCUAAUUGAUUGAAAUAGUAGAAAGUGUAAUAUUUUGCCAAUAGUCGUUUUUCCCAAAUUUUUCUUUGUUUUACUUUAAUAUUUUAUAUUUGACUUGAAAUAAGCAGUAACUUAAAAUCUCCUGACUUGACUCUGAACAAAUUCUUGGCAAUAUAUUACUUUAUUCUCUAACGCACUGUAUCAUCGAUUGUAAAUAGUCACUGUGUACUUAAUGUACUUAUUAGAGUUAAGUUAUUUUUACGUUCUACCUCAGAAACGAAAUCUUUUUAACCAGCUUCGACGAUUUUACUCGUAAGGGAGGAGUAAGCUCGAUUAGUUUUAGUGUCAUUUGUUGAUUGUAAAUAAACAUAAUCGGAUUAAGCUAGUAAUUUAUUAAAUUAGAUUGUGAUAGCUUUAUACAUUCUAAGAACUUAACCCCAGUGGAAACAUUUAGUAUUUCGUAAUUUCAAAAUUCUUUCCAUAUCUAUAGUUUUCCGUAGGUUUAACCGUUGUAAAUACUCCAUAGUGAAUAGUUGUUGUAUAUCGUGCAUUAACUUUAAUUAAAUCUAUCUAUCAUUGGGUGCCGUCUGUGCAAUAAGUUAUUGUGUUGUCUUAAAAGCCCAGAGUGUUCCCCGAGGUACUAUUAUGGCGCCUAACUGUUUCUUGUAUUCGAAAUACACUUUUUUAUCACAUCAGCACAUUGUUGAUGAAUUUUACUAUCUUAUUAUAGUACUGAUAACCCUGAUUCUGAUAAUCCUUAUUUUAAAAUAAUCAACUAAUGUAACUACAAAUUUUAAAUACCCAAGUCGUACCAUUAAUAUAAUUAUCUAAAAUGAAUUCAAUUAUAAUUUACCUAUAAUAUUACAAAAAGAAAAACAACAGCUAACGCUUUCCACAAAUGUAAUUAAUUCGUUUUUAAAAUUAAUAUCGCAUUUUGUCCAUUUUAAAUUAUUAAUAUAAUAAUUAUAAUAUUAGAUAUUAAAUGAUUUCCAUCGACUCAAGAGAGGUUCAUACCAAAUGUUAAUGUUAUUUAGAUAAGAAUAUAAACGUGUGCAAUCGGCAUAAUGCAUCAAGUCAAUCAACGGUCAUGGCACGUCAUAUCAAUUUGGAUAGGGAUCGUCAAUGUAUCGCCUUACACCUCGCCUCGUCGUCAACCAGUUGGCCUAGGAAUUAGGAUGUAUUAACAUAUCUUGUGAUGUGAGGAAAAAAAGACAUAUUGUCGACCAAUAGCAAUGCAAUCGUAAAUAUCGCUAUUUCUUUCGCCCCAUCGCAAUGAAAGAGAGCGAUAGUUUCGUCGAUCGUGUCAACCUAAAUGUAAAAGCACUUCAGCAGAUUCCGAUACGUUGACUCCGGUAUGGUACGGCCUCAGACCAAUUAUAGAAGGACCUGUAUCGCACUCAUAGUCACGAACAAAACUGUCUGUCAUUUUCUGAAGAAAACGAGCUUAGAUUUGGUAUAUAUCUUAUACCAAAUCUAAGUUCUUGCCCGUUUUUUACGGAGCUUUUUAACCGACGAACAUGAUUACAACUUUUUAACAUCGAUUCUAUAGAGACAGUUUUUAUAAUCGCAUUAGAUCGUUGAUCAUAUACUUUGAUAGAAAAGUAACAUCUAGCGAGGCAGGUCCUAUACAAUAAUUGGUCUGAGGAUACGGCAGAUACCUACUGUAUCGUAGUCGCGCCAUAGCUAGAUGACGGCGAGGUUAGGGGAUUGCGUUCUAUUUCGACUAGUGGUCGUUGCAGUCAGGUGUUUCAUACAAAGAGUAAUGAACGACCCGAGUUUAUCUGAUGACGAUUCCUUUCAAAGUUGACGUGUCCUAUAACCUAAAAAUAAAUCGUUAUAAUAACUAAAAUAGUUGAAAGUCACGGUACGAAUAAUGCACGUCCAUAGUGCGGUAUUGUCAACACCUAAUAAAUGUAAUAGCUUAAUCAUUUUUGGAUAUGGAAUAGUUACUAUUUGAUGUAAAAGGCAUACAAUAAAUGUAUCAUAAAGGAA